AUGUCGUCCCUCGACUAUUUGGAUUUGUGCAGAUUGUGUCUAAUGAAAGAUCGUGUGUCCGUACCGAUAUUCGAGGGUGAGGGUGAUGUCAGGCAGAUUUUUUUAAAGAUUGCGGCCUGCUUGCCGGUCAAGGUUGCACGGGAAGACAAGUUACCUAAAAAGAUAUGCGACGAUUGCGUUUACAAAGUAGAAUUACUUUACCAAUUUUGGAAUACAACGGCAAACGCCGAGAAGCAGCUACUCCAAUGGCUUGGCGAAGUUGGCUUGGAGGACAAGCAAGGCUAUGUCACUGGCGUCCUAAAUCCGAGUACAAUGAAACAAGAAGAAAACAGUUCCAGCGGAUUGGGAGGCACAGCAAUACAGGUGACUGGAGUUCAACCUGGCAUUGGUAUAGGAGUUAUAGACAACAUGGGUCUAGGCAUGCCGCUAAUUAUUCCCAGCUCAACACAGCAGGAAUUAACUGCUGUGCCAAUGGAUACAAGCACUGGACCCAUCCAACCUAUCCAACCUAUCCAACAGGCUGUACCUGGUCCAAGUAGUCAACCUGGACAUGAACAGAUUGCCCAGUCCCAAACUAAUGCAACAACGCAUCAACAGGACGAGGAAGAGGAAACUAGCGAUGAUGAAGAAAACUCUGACGAUGAUUGCGAUGGUGAUGAUGGUCUACCUGUCAAGGAAGAAAGCGAGGAAGAUCCUAGUAACAGUAGAACGAUUGAACCUACGACGUUUGUAAAUGUAUCCCUGGCUUGCGACGAAGCGGGUCCGUCCGGCUUGCAGCAGCAAAAAAUCGUGGAAAUGCCAGAAAUGGCUAUGCCCCAGACAACCGACGGUGAUCCCAAGUCUGGAUUAACCCUGAAAAUAGCCAAGUUUGAGACCGCAGACACUACAGAGACGUUGGAAAAUCAGUACACCAAGAUCACAGAGUCCAGCGAUGCCGUUAUCGAUGUGAAAUCUGAGGGAAAAAUUUUCGUACGAACUGACGUACUGCAGGGUAACAAUAAUUACCAAAGUGCAAGUGAUGAAACGUAUAUCACUGAUGAUCUGGCCUUGACCUACGAAGAAUUUCCAAAUUCCAUGCAGGCCUCACGACAUGGCACAGGUGCAACAUUAGAAACUAUAGAAAUGAACCGCAAAUUUACGUCUCUUCCAUUGUCCGAGGACUAUUAUCGAAUGCUAAUGCUAUCAAAGCUUGAUCUCGUCAAGAGUGAACCGGAAAAAGGUGCCCAGAAAGGUGAAAACUUGGAUGAGACUACGGAAAAAUUAAAUGGCCCGAUCAAGGAAGAAAUUCGAGAUGCCAACGAUGACGAGGAUGACAUGCCAUUGGCGUAUCACUGCAAAACUUGUGAUGUAUUUUUCAAAACUAAAACUCUACUUAAUAAUCACGAAAUUGAACACAAGGGUAAAAGAAAGAACACGUGCAACCAAUGUGGAAGAGUGUUUCGAACUUACGUGAAUCUACGUAAGCACAUGAAAAAACAUGCUGGCAGUAAGCGGAACAAUGUCGGUCGACCAAUGAAGGUGAAAAAGGAAAAGAAUAACGUGGAAUUUUUGUGUAAAACUUGCAACAAGGUAUUCGGUCAUAAGAGUAACUAUCAGAAACACUUACUGCGGCACACUGUUGGCGAUCUCACUUGUAACCACUGCCCGAAAAAGUUUCGAUUAUUUCGAGACUUGACGAGACACGAAAAAACCCACUUUUACCCAAGUUAUAUGUGCAAAGAGUGUGACUACGAAACAACUGUUCUAGCUGCUUUGAGCAUUCACAUGCUCAGGCACACCGAUAAGGCGGACCUUCCAUUCAAAUGUAAUGAAUGUGACAAAAGGUUUCGAAAGGCAAUCGAACUUCAGGAACAUUAUAACAUUCAUUCCGGGGACAAGCCGUUUACCUGUGCCACCUGUGGUAGUGCGUUUUACCUCAGGAGACAACUUUCCGCCCAUUGCAGACGAAUGCAUCCUGAGAUGAAGGCCAACAAGGUAACCAGCACUGCGUGUGACAUUUGUGGGCGUGUAUUAGCGACAAAACGAUCACUCUUUCGGCACAAGGAGAGUCACAAUCCUACCAAGUUGUAUCUAUGCGAUUAUUGUGGCAAAAGUCUUAGCAGUGCGGAACAUUUGAAAAAGCAUCGGCGUAUACAUACAGGAGAGAAACCUUAUGUAUGCGAUAUUUGUGGCAAAGGAUUCACAGACUCGGAAAAUUUGCGCAUGCAUCGACGCAUUCACACUGGGGAAAAGCCGUACAAGUGCGAUCAAUGUCCCAAAGCCUUCUCCCAGAGAUCAACCCUUACUAUCCACCGUCGUGGUCACACCGGUGAACGACCCUAUGUAUGUCAAAUAUGUCAUCGUGGUUUUUCGUGCCAGGGCAAUCUCACAGCCCAUCAAAAAUCUACCUGCGUUUGAGUUACAUGAUAAUAUAAUAUACAUCACAAUCUUAUGAAAUUAAAUCAUAUUAUAUUAUAGGUAUACUUACUCGUUAAUCUUGAUUUCAAAUAUUGAUUAACAUACAGUAUUGAUUUAUACACAUAGCUAUCAGUUAUUUCCAUUCUACUAAAUACCUAUAAUUGAUCAUUCUUGGUUAUUGACAUUUGUGCAUUGCUAUUAAACGCAUUAUGUAUAAGCAGAAGUUUUAAUAAUAAAUAGAUUUUGUAUAUCUCACGAUUUUAAUGAUGUCAACUUGAAAGAAGUACGACAAGGGAUUAUAUAGCUCUUUGUACUAUUUACAUUAGAGUAGCUUGUAGAUUUUAAGAUACAUUCAAUAUUUGAUUGACUAAAAAGAUGUAUAAUUAUGUCUUUCAUAAUUGGCGUGUUAAUGCACAACUAAGAAUUUCAAUAUUGAAUUCAGUUGUUGAUUAGAAAAAUUCGGAUUUCAAUAACGGUCCCGUUGGCAAACCAUGUCACAAAAGUCCGUGUUAGAAAUUUGAAUAGUAAUCUCGCAUGGAAAGACUUGAAAAAAUAAUAAUAAUAAGUACCUGCCAUGAGACAUUGCAAUAUACAAAACUAACUAUGUUUCCAAUAUUGCAUUAUAUGUUGUGUAUCAGGGUAAAUUCAAACAUGCAAGGUGCGAUAAUAUUGAAUAAUGUUUGAACUUAAUGCUGAAUGAAUUUAAUUCUUGUGUUAUCUAGGUUGAUGCCAAAAUAAUAUAAGCAUGAGUUACUUUGAAAGCGUAUACUUUCAAGAGAAUCUAAACAAUGUUCCCUGAUCUUGCCAUAGUUAUAAAAAUGAUGGAAAGUUUCAUCGAACACAAUGAAUUAACACAUUGCUUGUACCUAAAUUUUGAACCGUUGCUGCUAGGAGAUUUGUCAUGCUGAAAUCGCAAACAUCAUGCUGCUGAUUUUUAAUUGCACUUGAGAAUCCGUACUAAAUUUUAUAUCAACAUUGAUGUUAAAAUAGAAUUAAAUAAAUGUGUUCUAAAUUUGCAAAUGUUCCAGACAACUUGGGCACUGAACAACUCUGAUUGCUGAAAAUCGAGAAGAUAAAAUCUCUGCUAUCACGUAAUAUUAAAAGAUUUUUAACAAAAUAGAAUGCCCACACAUAUUGUCUGGAGAUUACAGACAAAAUAAAGUUUUUCAAGGCGGCUUCUGCAGAUUCAAACACCCGCAUCAGACAAAUUUAAACGAAAAUGUUGAACUCAAAUGUCUUUCCAUUUCAACAGGGCUAGACACAGAUGAUUUUCACGUAAAUUACAGGUGCUCCAAACUGCAGUUCAAGACUUUACUGAUCGUAUAAUAUCAUCGAACCUGCGAGCAUUACGUGAAUUUGAGUGACUGGGUGUUUAUAAUGUGGCAAGAUAUUCCCAAGGCCAACAUUUUUGUGAAUUCAUAUGGUGCGACAGCAAAAUAUUAAAGUGAUGUAAAUAUUUUCAAAACACUAAGAUACAAUUUAGAAUAGCCCUACAGGUAUGAAUAUUAUCUGAAAAUGUCUUCAGUCAAAAAUUUAGUAUGAUAUAAGACUUACAGAUGCAUCUGGCAGUUUUUAUUGAUUCCUUUACUAUGACCCAAUAUCUCUGAUAUAUUAUCGAGGCAGAUGUACAAAAGGAUAAAUCAAAUGUAUUGAAUAAUUUUUUCCAGAAAGGUUCGAUUGCUUUUACUAUGUGUGGCGUGUCAGCGUUCUGAUAUUCAGUAGCUGAAGUUGAAAUAGAAAAUAGUUCGGUUUACACUAUAAAUUUAUGAAUGGCAUUAAGUUAUGUCAAGUGUAUAUAUGCUUAAUAAAAUCGUACUACAUCA